AUGGCCGACGAAAGGAAACCCGCGGGUCCGCCAUUAAGAUCCCAAUCACCGCGCCCAAUAAUGGAUAGCAAAUCACCACCCUCACCACCCCCUUCCGACAAGGUCUCCUCGCCAUCACCACCCCAUACCAUGACCCCCGAACGGCGCACCAUCGUGGAGAAAUCCCUCAAGCGCAAACUCGACACCCGCUGCUCCCUGUUCGUCCUGAUCUACAUCAUGAACUACCUCGACAGGAACAACAUUGCUGCCGCCCGCCUCCGCGGCCUCCAAGACGAUCUGUCACUCGACGACCAGCAGUACGCUACUUGCCUCAGUAUUCUCUACGUGGGGUAUAUCCUCAUGCAGAUACCCUCCAACAUCGUCAUCAAUCUCAUUUCUCGACCAUCACUCUACAUCGCCGUUGUGAUGCUCGUCUGGGGCUUGAUCUCGACAUUGACAGGUAUAGUCACUAACUUCUCUGGCAUGGUCGGGACGAGAUUCCUGCUGGGAUUUGUGGAAGCGGCGUUUUUGCCGGGGGCGUUAUUGAUUUUGAGUAAAUGGUACACGAGAAAGGAAUUGACGACGAGGAACGCCAUUCUUUUCUGCGGCAAUCUCAUCAGUAACGCUUUCUCGGCAUUGAUUGCCGCCGGGGUGCUAUCCAACAUGCAAGGAGUCCUAGGGCACGCAGCAUGGAGGUGGCUGUUCUGGAUCGAAGGCGGGUUGACCAUGGCUGUUGCCAUCAGCGCGGCGUUUAUCCUUCCUGAUCUUCCGACAAACACUAGGGGUUUUACGGAGGAGGAGCUGUAUGUUGCGCAGCUGAGAAUGACAGAAGACGUUGGCGAAGAGGACAAGGAUGCAGAGGGGCAGAAAAUCUUUGAUGGAUUUUUUAUGAUGGUGAGGGAUUGGAAGGUUUACGUCAUGAUGCUGGCUUUUACGGCCUAUACGGUCGGGUUGAGCUUUAAUGCGUUUUUCCCGAGCUUGACACAGACAUUGGGGUUCAGCUAUGUGCCGACGCUGUUGAUGAGCAGUCCGCCUUGGGCGUUUGCUUGUGCGGUUACGUUAGUGGUUUGUUGGCAUUCGGAUCGGACGCAAGAGAAGUUCUGGCAUAUCACGCUACCCAUGGUUGGUGGCUUUGUGGGCUUCCUCAUUUGCAUGGUCACGCUCAACACGGCAGCUCGAUAUGUCGCUUUGUUUCUCCAAGCAUCUUCCUACGCCGGGUUCGUCGUGUUUUACUCGUGGAUCUCGUCUUCUUUCCCACGACCACCUGCCAAACGCGCUGUGGCUCUCGCUGCUAUCAACGCCUUCAGCCAGCUGGGCAAUGUGGCUGGGAUGUAUGUCUGGGACUUGAAGGAGGAUGGUUACAGGAAGAGCUAUGGUAUUGUCACGUCUAUGUUUGGUGCUGCGAUCUUCGGGUGUUGGGUGUUUAGAACUAUCUUGGCGAGGUUGAACAGGCAGUUGGAGAGGGAGGAGGCGACGGCUGUUGCGGAGGGGAGAGUACCAGCUGGUGAGAAGGGUGAGGGUGUGGUGACUGGCAGUGAGACGGAAGAUGGAGGUGUUGUUGGACCGAGGGUGGUGAGACCGUUUAGGUAUUUACUGUGA